AUGAAUGGAACACAGGAAGGCGAACAAAAGGCUCAUGGUGUGUUGCGUGGGUCUCUCGAUUUCUCAGAUAUCGAUGGGGAGGAGGUCCAAGACGAUCAUGGUGGCGACUACUCUACGCGUUUCGACGAACUCAUGAGCGACACCGAGGACAGCUCCAAUAGCCAUGUCCCUCAUUUCGACGAGGGAGAGGAAGAGGAGGAGGAAGGGUUUCUGUACAGUGGGAAAGAUGCAGACCCUGUUGGCGGCUAUCGAGAACAAUUGCGAGAUGUGCUAGGUGCCGAACACGAGGAGGACGAGCUGGACGAGCAGGAAGUUGAGCGGUCCCUCCUUCAUGACGUGGAAGAGAAAGAGAAACUUGCAGCCAUGAUGGAGGACGAAGCAAAAGUGGUAAUUCAUUCAGAUCAUUCACCUUCCAGACCAUCUACUCCGGCAUUGUCUCAUUCUGAUGCUGGAUAUCCGUCUACUUUUGGCGUUGUUGAUGGUCCAAGUUCUACCAGGGUUUCGCUCUCAUUCCUCCACCCCACCGUCUCUCGUCUUCGCUCUGCAACUCCACAGGGUUCGCGUGUGCCUUCGUCUGCAAGCAUAGGAACGAUACCAUCGCAUACUCAAGAAGGCGUAUCAGUGACACCUUCUCAUUUCUCUUCGUUGUCGCGCAAUUCAACAACUACAAACAUAGUCGUUGGAACGGAGAAGGCGGAUGGUUCCAAGGGUCAAGUGUACCCGAUACGUGAAGUCUUUCGCUGGACGCACUUGCGUUCAAUCGGAGAUCAUGUGUAUCCUAAACAUACUCAGAAGGUCUCUUCUCUCCUUGGGACUGACAAUGCGGGUUCACCCACUGUUAUUGCGGCGAAUGGCCUCAUCUGUGUUGGGACGGAUGCAGGCAAGAUACUGGUAUUCGACUUCAAGCAGAAUCUCAAGUGUAUAUGUGGUACAGACACCUCAGAUAGAGGGGUUGGACCAGUCAGCGCCUUAGCUCUGUCGUUCGACCAUACUUACGUCGCCUCGGGUCAUGCCACAGGACAUGUACAAUUGUUCGAUCUGAAGUCGCCGAAAUUACCAGUUCGUCUUGUGGCACCCACUUCGCUUACAGUGAUUGCAUCUGGACGACAAGAGGGUCACCUUGUGGGGUCUAGAAUUGUGAACGUUGGUUUUGUUGCAGGAAGGCACAGUGCCGUCGUAUCCGCCGAUGACAACGGACUCGCCUUCCACCACAAUCUCGGCAAGGUAUUUUUCAUGGAAGCAUCCGAUACGCUUCGCCUACUUGGAAAAUACCCCGACGAUGAACACAUUCCAAACCCGUCGCGUCCUUCGUCAAAUCCACAUUUUCGUCGGCGUAAAUCACGCAAGCCCAGCACUAUACUUGCUAUGGCACCUCUCCCACUUGGCACAGCAUCACAUCCAACGGAUCAGUAUAAUCUCAUUGCACUUCUGACGCCCAUAAAGCUUGUCAUCGUGGGGCUGAAACCAUCACCUAGGACCUGGUACAGGCGGCAUCGCGAAGCUGAUGACACCGCGCACAAGUCCCGCUUUAAGGGUACUCUUGCCUGGUUCCCUAGUGUGAUUCCUGGGAGCACUGCUGCUGCAGAGGCCACUAAUAAGAAGACCCAGGCCAAUGGUUCAAGUCACCAAUCGGCGACCAUCCCCAUGCUAGUGUACUCUUGGGGAGAUACGCUUUUUCUCAUUCGCGUUUCAGAAGACAAGAUUGUUCAACAAGUCCGCAAUGCGAGGACCGGAAAGGUAAACAAUGUUGAGACGGGCCGAGUCAUUCUCGAAGAAGUACGACAGUGGAGUGCUAGCGACGAUAUUUUGGCGCUGCAGUGGCUGAAUGUCAAUCAAGUGCUUGGUCUUACACCUAAUGCUCUUGAGGUUUAUGAUAUCCGUACCGGAAGGCUUGUUGAAAAAGUCUCGUACGAUGCAUGGUCUCUGGUAUCACCCAUAUUGAGCCAUACUACCACUGGUUCUGUGUCCUACUCGGACACUGUUACGGAUGUGGCACAUAGCGUAAGAGUUUACAAAGGAAAGAUCUUCAUUAUGACCCAAAGUGAGAUUCAAGUUGGGACCUUGUUGACUUGGGCCGAUCGCAUACUUUCUUUCGUCGAGGAAGGGGAUUUCCUCAGUGCUAUUGAACUCACCCGCUCCUACUACCUUGGCAACACCCCGGGCAACCGAAAUGGACUCCCUGAGUCCCCAGACAAGCUGAAGGAGGUCGUUGGAGAGAAGAUGCGCGAGCUCAUGGUCGCCUCCGCUCGCUAUGCCUUUUCCGAGGACCGUAUGCUCGAUGGCACCCAUGUUACGCCAGAUGGUCGCGGCGUCGAUCUCACGUCCCUGUUUGAGGGCUUGGUCAAGACCUGCGCUCGGGCAUGCAUUGUUCUAGGAGACUACGAUUUCCUCUUCGAAGAUCUCUUCCAGUAUUUUGACGACAGCGGCAUCGUAGGAAUUUUCUUGUCGCAGCUCGAGCCUUUUGUGCUUGAAGGCAGCAUCCACCACAUUCCGCCUCGUAUCACACAACGGUUGAUCGCUUUGCAUGAUGAGGCACAGCAUCCCGAUCUGGCCGAGCGGAUCAUCUGGCACAUUGAUCCAGAUUGUCUGGACGUCGAUCAGGCCAUCGCGUUGUGCCAGAAACAUAGGCUUUGGGACGCGCUGAUAUAUGUUUUCACCCGCGCAAUGAAAGACUACGUAUCACCAGUUGUCGAGCUGCUUGGCCUCAUCCGCAAUGUCCAGCAAUAUCGGAGAGCCCGGAGAGAAGGCUCAUCACUCAUGUCAUAUCCGAAUGACAACGCAAUUGAACCUGUCAUCCUGAAUGCGUAUAAAAUCUAUCCCUACCUUGGAAACAUUCUCUCCGGCCUUUCGUAUCCUGCUGCGGAGGUUCUUCCUGAGGAGGAUGCUAUUCAAGCCAAGAACGAUGUGUACAACUUCCUGUUUUUUGGACGAUCAAGCAUGUGGCCUCCGGGAGAAGGUGGAAAGUUAGUACUCACUGCUGAUGAGGAAAGCGGCGUUGAGCCGACAUACCCAUAUACGCGACUCCUCUUACGAUUCGACCCCGAGGCAUUCUUGCACACUCUCGACCAAGCUUUCGAGGAUGCUUAUCUGAAUGACGAGACGCAAGGUGUAAGCCGACUAGUGAUCGUGAAGACGCUGUUGGAAAUUUUGUCGUCCCCAGAUCUGUCGCAUGAAGAAGUGACCUUCGUGAACAUCUUCAUCGCGCGGAACGUCCCUAAGUAUCCCCAGUUCCUCCAAAUGCCGCCCAGUGCCCUCCACAGUAUACUGAUUGGGUUAGCUCAGGACCCAGACAUGGAUACACGUGAAGACCGCCAACUCGCCGCAGAAUAUCUAUUGUCUGCAUACACUCCUCAUGAGAACGAUCGCGUCGUUGCUCUUUUCGAGGAGGCCGGAUUUUAUCGAAUCCUGCGGUCGUGGUAUCUGCAGGAACAUCGCUGGUCUUCAUUGAUCCUGACCUUCAUGAGGGAUCCUGAGCUCGCUCGUUCAGAUAUUUUACCUGCUAUCGAUGACACAUUGUCCUCUGCGACACAAUCCAACAAGGGCUCGUUACCACCUGAUCUUCUCAGCACCAUCAGCGACUCUUUGCCUUCUCUUGUGAAUACCAGUGUCGCCAGCACCGCGGCACUCCUUGACAAGCACCUUCCUCUCCUUCAUGAACGUGCCUCUGAGCUUGCGCAACAGCGGGGAGACCGGGACCAGUACAUCUACUUGCGGUAUCUUUUAGGACCACCGUCGUCAGGGGAAGACGACAGGAUGGUUCCUUUCCGAGCGAGUGGACCGUCUGUGCAUGUGUCGGUGACGUUGCGUCGCACCUAUCUCUCCUUGUCUUGUCAAUUCGAUCCAGCCGGAGUGAUAUCUGCCCUCCGCUACCUACCACAAGACUUCUUGGAUGUGAGCAGUGUGGCUCAGAUAUGCGAAGAGCAUCGCGCCUAUGAUGCUGUAGUCUGGUCACUGAACCGUGCUGGUGAUCCUUUCGCUGCUUUGUCCAAAGUGGAACAGUUCGAGAACCUACUCUCAUCGCAACUUGCCGACAGCUUGGUAAAUUCGAGUCCAGCUGCGGAAAGCUCCAUCAACACAGGGCUGUCAUCUCUACAAGCCAUCGGACGUACCGCUGGGACCAUGUGUCUUGAGCAUUCCCAAUCUGCUGAGGUGCCUCUGGAGGAUAUUUGGUAUCAACUUCUCAGAUCCCAAAUUGAUGCAGUGCAGCGAAUUGUCGGCUGUUUCAGUCACGAGCAAAGCGAGGAGAGCCAGGGGGGAACUCAGGGUCGAGAUGCAAAUUUGCAGCAACAAACAUUGUCCACUCUGCGAUCCUUGGUGCACGAGACCUUCACUUCGCUGCUGACAGUCAGCUCCACGAAGUCCGUCUCGCUACCGCGGAUGUUCAAGAGGCUACUUACGACAGCGUCCUCACAACACGUCUCAAAGCCAACGCUGUAUGCGGAAUUUAGGGCGCUGUUCACUGGCAUGCUGGAGUCGUAUCGCACCGACAGUGAUAUGCUUAUAAUCACCAAACAUCUCGCGGAUAGGGGGCUUUUCGAGACGAUACAGGAGUGCUCACGAGAGCGAGACAAAGGUUGGGCAGGGUCGCAGGGUGCAUGUCGUUUAUGUGGGGAGCCAUUCCUUGAUACCAAAAAAUCCGCCACCCAUGAGUCGCAGCCAAAUCCCGGCAACUCAAUAAUUGUAUCGCGGACAGGUGCCAUAUACCACAGUAGAUGCCUACCGGCUGAUCAUCCUAAUUCCAGCAGUGUACAUUAA